AUGUCUGAAAUCGGUGAAGUUGUUACCCCAGUCGAACACGGUCAGAAUUUAAUCUUCAGAGAUUUAGAACAAUUCAAGACUGGACUGGGAAUUGUGCAUCAUCGAGUUCCUAGAGGAGUGAUAUGGGAUCAAAGUAAAAGGUGGCCUAGUCCCAUCAUUCCUUACGAAAUCAGCUCACAUAUGAGCGAUGUAAUGAAUCGAAAGAUCAAGAAAACAAUGGAAUAUAUGGAAAGCAAAACAUGUUUAAAAUUUAAGCAAAGAGCGAGAAAAAAAGUGGAUUACAUAUUCUUUCAAGAUGAUGAGUCUGGCUGUUACUCGAAGCUUGGUAGACAAGGAAGCAAACAAAUCGUAAAUCUCAAAAUUCCAGGCUGCGAUGAUGAGUCAACCAUACAGCACGAAAUCAUGCACGCUUUAGGAUUCGAUCAUGAGCACCAAAGAAUAGAUCGAGAUGAAUACAUACGAGUUCGUUUUAACAACAUAGAAGAAGAAGCAGAAGAUCAGUUCGAAAAAGAAGAAUCAGAUACCAUGGGACUACCAUACGAUUUUUACAGUGUGAUGCAUUAUAGUUCAGAUUUGGGCUCCAAAAACCAUAAUGAACCCGUUUUGGUGCCAAAGGUGAUCGGUAUUGGUUUGAUAGGGGAUAACGAACUUGAUGAAUUGGAUAUAAAAAAAAUUAACAUGUUAUUCAACUGUACGAAGCAUGAAGAGAAAUAG